GGGUUUGCGAUAUAAGAAAAAAAGACAUUUGUUGUACAUGCAGUUCAAUACACGCGCUGUACGUUCCCAUACAUUUUUGACAGUACGACCUCAUCCAGAUGACACUUUGCAGUUCGGUUCUGAUUUGAAAUUGGAUUUGAUGGGUUUUUUUUGUCUUUUUUCGGCAAUUUUUCUCCCAUUUCAUGUGUUUGAGUGGAAUUUUUUGGAUAUAUGACAAAAAGUUUUCAUUGGGCGCGUUUUAUUGAACAUUUCAUUCAUCAAUUCGGAGAGAAAACAACAAUUUCUUGUCAAAUGGACCAGUGAAAUUUGAAACUGCACAUAUGAUAUUUGACAAGUGUAUUUCGCCGUUCACCAAUAGUUUUUCUCACCUCACAGUCUCAUCGAUCUAAAAGUACUUCAGAAACAUCUGAAUUGCAGUAGAUUCCAAAACAUCAUUUUUUCCUCUAAAAAAAAUCAUUGAAAAAUAUUUCUGUUUCCUCUGGAUUUUUAUUUUUUUUAUUAAUCGCCUUUGCACAAUCUAAAAUUCAACUCAUUCUACAGCGAGAACAGUAUUCUGAUCUAACGUUUGCACACAACGAUGCAUACAUAGUUCACCAUACUCACCAAAAUGGUUGAGUUGAAUGUGUUUUUCACACGAAUGGUUUGAUGCGGCAAAAACGAAGCGGCGAACAAUUUAGUUAGGAGCAGCAACCGGUAGGUGCGCAGCAUCAUCAGUCGUAAUCGUAUAGCAGCAGCAACAGCAGCAGCAGCAGCCGAGCUUCAAUUUCAUUUAGCAUUUUCGUUUGGACGCCAUUAGCGAACAAUAAGUUGUAUCACUUGUAAUUCGAUGGUGGAUAUCAUCAUUUAACAUCUAAGUCAUCAGCGAAUAAAAUUUAUUUUAAUUUUCAACAAUGGCUAGCAUGCCUGAAUUGGGUUCAAAAAUUAGCCUUAUAUCGAAAUCAGAUAUAAGAUAUGAAGGCCAAUUAUACACUGUCGAUCCGAACGAAUGUACAAUUGCCUUAGCCAAUGUGCGUUCUUAUGGAACAGAGGAUCGCGAUGGACAAUUUACUAUUCCGCCGCAAGAGGAGAUUUUCGAUUAUAUUUUGUUCCGUGGAUCCGAUAUCAAAGAUAUUCGCGUUGUUAACAAUGUUCCACGUGUUCCGCACGAUCCGGCCAUCAUGCAGAUGCACGUUUCGGCACAAAAUCAACCAAACUUUCAGCCGCAAUUUCCGAUGCCAGUGAUGCCACAUGUUGGCGGACAAGUUGGACCAUUUGGCGGUGCUAACAAUCAACCGGGACCGUUUAGUGCGUUGUCGACACCAAAUGCACAAGGUGGCCAAUUGCCACAAGGUACGCCCGGUUUGCCGUUCGGUCAACAGCAACCAAACCAACAAACGCAACAACAACAAACGCCUCAACAGCAAUCAACCGGCCAACAGCAGCAACAACAACAAAAUAACCAACAACCGCAACAGAAAAACUCCGUUCUUGAUUUAAUUACUGGUGGAUCUCGUUCAACAACACCUGUGAGUUUGAAUUCGCGCAAGAGCCCAACGGCUGAAAUGGGCGUUCAGGUUAAUCAAAAAGAUGGCACUCGGCGCAACAAUAACCGUGGACAACAAGGUGGUCGUUUGGACAGUCAAGGAUCGCAUGAGAAUAGAAAUCCACAGCGUAACAAUCAGUAUCAAGGUAACAACCAGAAUCGAGGCGGUAACAACUGGGGCAACCGUAACAACAAUCAAAAUCUACGCAAUAAUCAACAUCAACGACCACAAAGACGUCCUGGUCUUCAUCCGCAAACAUUCCGCCAAAACCAGAACGGUAAAGGACGUCCAAACCAACCGAAAACCACAAUCAAGUUUGAAAGUGAUUUCGAUUUCGAGCAAGCCAACACAAAAUUCGAAGAGGUGCGCUUAUCAUUGGCCAAAUUAAAGGUGGAAGGUGAAGCCAAACCCGAACAGCCGCAAGUCAACGGUGAGGCUGAAAAGAAAGACGAUUCAGGCAAUGAGACUGGUGCUGGUGAGCAAGAACAAGAAGAAGACGAUGUCACCAUUGGAUAUGACAAGACGAAGUCAUUCUUUGACAAUAUCUCAUGUGAAGCCGCUACCGACCGAAAGGGUAAAAAUCGCACUGAUUGGCGCCUUGAACGUAAGCUGAACAGCGAAACAUUUGGUGUGUCUUCGGCUCGUCGCGGAGGAUAUUUCAAUUACAACCGUGGCCGACCUGGAGGCAACAACGGCAGCUACUUCAACAACAACCGUAACAUGGGCUACCGAAAUAACGGUUACAAUAAUGGCAAUAUGGGUGGUUAUCGUGGUGGCAACUUCCGGAACAACACACGCAAUUUCAACAACCAGCGAAACCAAAACCACGGAAACAACCAACAAGAAAAUCCAACCACAAGUCUUCCACAAGAGAAGCAACCAUCCACUCAGCAAUCUCAAUCGACGGCAGCUCAAGCACCUGCCGUUGCCGCUGGCGGAAAGUAAAAUACUCCACACCGUAAUACACACCACAUGAAAUACCCAAUUGUAGUAAACAACCUUCAUGAGUACCAAUCCAAAAUAAUUUUUAAAUUUAAAAAAAAAACUCAAAAACGCGCGAUACGAUUGAAGGAUUUGUUCAGCCGCUAAUAACAGUAAAAGAGACAGGAGCCAGAAGCCAGAAGAGAUAAGGAGCAUGUUUGCAUACUAAACGCGUAUAUAUAUAUUUUUUAAAUAAACCAUUUAUUAUCACUUACCAUUUUCCCACCCACGCAAAGAUGAAAGAAAACGAGCCCCGUCAGUGGGCCCACCCUAAACAUCAUCUUUGUGUGAAUAACAACAACAAAACAAGAAAGAAAGAGAAAAAAAACAAGUACACUAAAACGAUAACCAAACAUCGAUUAAUUUCUGCACAAGACGAGUUGAAUUUUUGAUUUGAAGCUACAAACGAAAUUCGAUCGUCAUUGAGAAUUUAAAAAAAACAACAUUUGUUAAAAUCUGAGAUGCAAAAAACAGAAGCUGUGCGAAUUUUAAAUAUUGGAAAAAAAAAUCAAUUGAAUUUAUAAAUUGUCAAUAACUAAAACAAAACACAUGAAACAAAAUGAUAAUUGAUUUAGUGAUAAAGGGAAAAUCUAGGGAUAAAUAAACUAAAUAGGAAAGAAAGAAAGGAAGGGAAAAAAAUAAUGUGAGGAAAUAUGAAGAAGCAAAACAAACUGCAUCAUAUGUACAUUUAGUUGAACUAAAUUAUGUGUGCUGGAUACGAAUUCAAAAUUUAAAAGAGAAAAAAAAAACAUAAAAUCAGUUACACACAAUGGAACAUUUUCCAAAUGAAAGCAUACACACAUUUCACCACACAAUAAAUUAUAAACUAAAUAAAUAAAGAAAAACAAGAGAAUAAAGUGCAUCCAUCAUCGAAGCUUUUUAGCGAAUGGAAUGAGAAUGAAAAUAUCUUUAAAAAAAAAUCACUACGAAUUCAAAAAAAAAGACUGCUUAGAUCGAAGUAUAAAUAAUUUUAAAAAUUGUAUGGAAGAAAGGAUGAUGAUCAAAUAAUCGACAUUUUUCGGAAAAUACUGUAAUUGUACGUCGAAUACGGAAAGCAUAAACAAAAAUAAAACAAAAAAAAGCAAAAGAUCUAUUCAAAAUUAGUCCAAAUGAUAUAUAUGCUUUAAACAAAACUGAAUGAAUGGAUGCAUGGAUUUGAUCACCAUUUAACCAUAAGAGGAACAACAAACAAACAAACAAAAGAACUUUAAAAACAAUGCAAAACAUUUAAGGAACUAAAUUAUAGAGGAAACAAAGAGUAACAAAACAAUUGAAUAUCCAUAACAUAUAAAUAGUAAAAUUGAAACGAAACGAUCUAAUGUUUGGAAGAGAAAAAGAAAAGAAAAUGCCACUAAAGUUCCAUCACCAUAACAUAGAAUGAAGUGUUAAAACGGAGAGAUCUUAUAGCAUUUACGAAUCGAUAUGUUGUGCAUGUAACGACGAAAGAAGAAGAAGAAGAA